AUUUAUUCAAAUGAAGUUAUCUCUUGCUGUUGCUGCUUCUCUUUUAUUGACUCAAGCCGCCUUUGCUGCUUCAUCUUCAGCUUCUGUGGCUUCUGCCUCAUCAGUUGCUCAUCUCGAUAAGCGUGACAUGCUCGACUAUUUCAGAAAGCUCUUUAUCAACAACGCAGCAGCUUCUUCUGCUAGUGUUAGCUUCUCUGCUCAACAUCCCGCCAAAUACAGAAGAGCCCUUGCCAGCCAAUCUGCUUCUGUCGUUCCCGCUAGUUCUGUUAUUCCCAAUGUUAACCGUGCUAUCUCUUCCUCUAUGGCUCCUAAGGCUUCCUCUUCUGCUGCUCCCAAGGCUUCCGCAAGUAGUGCCAAGAAGGGUUCUAAGCACAACAAGCGUGCUCUUCCUUCCUCCCACCAAGUCCUUCUCAAGCAAGCCUCUAGCUCUGCUGCUGCUCCCAAGGCUUCUUCAAGUGUUUCUGUGAAGAAGGGCUCUAAGCACAACAAGCGAGCUAUUUCUUCUUCCGUUGCUAAGGCUGCCUCUUCUUCCGUGGCCCCCAAGGCUUCUGCAAGCUCUUCUGCUGUCAAGAAGUAUAAGCGUGCUGUGUCCUCUUCAGUCGUUCCCAAGGCGUCUUCCUCCAUGGCCCCCAAGGCUUCGUCUUCUGUCCACAAGGUUAAGCGUGCCGUCUCUUCCUCCAUGGCUCCCAGGGCUUCUUCUUCUAUGGCCCCCCAAGCCUCUUCAAGUGCUGCCUCUCACAAAAGAUAUAAGCGUGCAAUUUCUUCCUCCAUGGUCCCCAAGGCCUCUGCAAGCUCUUCUGCUGUAAAGAGAUAUAGACGUGCUGUCUCUUCUUCCAUGGCUCCUAAGGCUUCCUCUUCCAUGGCUCCCAAGGCCUCAUCUUCUGCUGUUCACAAGGCCAAGCGUGCUGCUUCCUCCUCUGUAGCUCCUAAGGCUUCCUCUUCCAAUGCCCCUAAGGCCUCUGCAAGCUCUUCUGCUGUCAAGAAGUAUAAGCGUGCCGCCUCUUCAUCCAUGGUUCCCAAGGCUUCCUCUUCCAUGGCUCCUAAGGUCUCUUCUUCUGCUGCCCCUAAAGUCAAGCGCGCCGUUUCUUCCUCCAAGGCCCCCAAGGCUUCUUCCUCAGCCAAGCGCUCUGCUUCCAAGAAGGCCAAGCGUGCUGUCCCUUCAUCCUCUAUGAAGGUUUCCGCUUCCGCCAAGCCCUCUUCUAGCGCUGUUUUUAUGAAGAAGCGUGCAGUUUCCUCUUCUGUUGCUUCUAUGGUCUCUUCUUCUGCUGCUCCCAAGGCCUCUUCUUCUGCUGCUCCCAAAGCCUCAAGAGCCGUCGCUCACAAGAAACACCGACGUGCUGCAUCUUCUUCUAUUGCCCCUAAGGCUUCCUCUGUCCCCGUUGCUUCCGCUAGCUCUGUCUCUAUGAAGAAGCGUGCCGUCUCUUCCUCCAUGGCUCCUAUGGCCUCUUCUUCUGCUGCUCCCAAGGCCGAGCGUGUCAGCGCCUCUGUUAGUGCUUCUGCUGCCAGCGCCUCUACUUCCAUUGUCAAGCGUGCUGAUGAAGAAGAAGAAGAAGAAACCACUACUGAAGCCGCACAAGCUCCUCAAGCUUCUUAUAUCGCUGUCGUCGUCAAACACGGUAAGCCUCAAGCUGAUUCCAGCAAUGGUGAAGCCCUUGAUUAUCAAGUUGAAGUCAAGUUUAUUGAGAAUCCCGAAGGCACUCCUAUCACUGAAGAAACUGAAGGACAAGACCAAUACUGGAUCGAAGACGACGUCGCUGAGCAAUUGUAUGUGGGCUAUGACAACGAGAACUAAGAAUGAAUAGACGUCUUAAAUUAUUCAAUCUCUCCUUUUUAUUAUUACUUUUUUAGAAUGCACACUCCCCCUUUUUUAUACCAAAAGAAUUAAUUAUAAAAAUAAAGUUUGUUUCUGUUAAACUCCCC